GGUGGGCGGGCCCGACGUUUCCGGGUGCCCCAUGGCCUCAAAUCUUCUAGACCUUAGGGCGGGAGGCGAGAGAGGGAUUUGCGGACCUCCCCCAACUCAGGCUCCGACUCCGGCUCCAUGCUGAGCGCUACCCUCCGGACGCCGAGAAAGUGCUUGCUGCUUCGCUCUGGAUUCAAGCUGCCUGGCCUCUCCCGGUUUCGUGACCCAGCGGGCAUCAGGCAUAACAGGGCUGGGACCAUGGCUGUUUCUUCUUCUUCUCGAAGUUUGCCCCUGGUAGCAGUGUGCCAGGUGACAUCAACACCAGAUAAGGAACAGACCUUUGAAGCCUGUUCAGGUCUGGUUCGGGAGGCUGCCAAGUUAGGUGCCUGCCUGGCCUUCCUGCCCGAGGCCUUCGACUUCAUUGCUCGGGACCCAGCAGAGACACUUAAACUGUCUGAGCCACUGGGUGGGGAUCUUGUGAAUCGGUAUGCCCGACUUGCCAGGGAAUGUGGACUCUGGAUAUCCCUUGGUGGUUUUCAUGAACGUGGCCAAGAUUGGGAGCAGACUCAGCGCAUUUAUAAUUGUCACGUGCUCCUAGACAAUAAGGGCUCUAUUGUGGCCACAUAUAGGAAGACACACCUCUGUGAUGUGGAGCUCCCAGGACAGGGAUCCAUGUGUGAGAGCAACUCUACUAUACCUGGGCCCACUCUUGGGUCACCUGUCAGUACACCAGCUGGCAAGGUAGGCCUGGCCAUUUGCUAUGACUUGCGAUUUCCAGAGCUUUCCCUUGCAUUAGCCCAGGAUGGUGCUGAAAUUCUCACCUAUCCUUCAGCCUUUGGCUCAGUCACAGGACCAGCUCACUGGGAGGUUCUGCUCCGUGCUCGGGCUAUAGAGACACAAUGCUACGUGAUUGCUGCAGCACAAUGGGGACAACACCAUGAAAAAAGAGGGAGUUAUGGACACAGUAUGGUGGUGGACCCUUGGGGAGUUGUGGUAGCCCGCUGUUCUGAGGGGCCAGGCCUCUGCCUUGCCCACAUUGACCUGGCCUAUUUGCGUCAGGUACGCCAACAUAUACCUGUGGCUCAGCACCGAAGACCUGACCUGUAUGGCAAUUUGGGUCGCCCAGAUCCUUGACUUCUACUCAAUGAACCAGGGUCCUAUUUUGGGCCAGUGAGGAUCUGUGGCUUGGAGGCAGGACCCCAAGCUACUGAAGAACCUCUCUUCCCUUUCUUUUGUGGCAUACAGGUUCAACCUGUUGUAAAGCCCCAGAAAUGCUUUUUUUGGACUCAGAUUUUAGUUGCAUAUAGAUAGGCUCUUAAAUCACAAUUCUAUGAAAACUAAAGCUACACACCAAGGCCUGAGUAGCACUGACGUUAAAAAAAUAUAGUCAUGAAGUCCCAA